AUGUCCUCCAGUUCUGAUGAGCUUGAUGCGUGGUCUGAUGACGCCGUCGAAGAUGACCCGGGAAGCGCCACCCCCAUUUAUUCCCGUGCCUACCAGCUUGAGAUGUUUGAGCACAGCAUGCGAAACAACAUCAUAGCAGUGAUGGCUACAGGCAGCGGAAAGACUCAAGUAGCAAAACUACGGAUACACGCAGAGCUCGAACGCACUUUUGGAAAACAAAUUUGGUUUACUGCACCCAGUGUUGCUCUGGUAGACCAACAACAUUUUGUUCUUUCACACCAAUUACCCGAAGCCCAAUUCAAGAUGAUCGUGGGUGCCAAUAGCCCAGAACACUGGAAAAGCCGACAGAUCUGGGACCAAGCACUUCUGAACGUUGAUGUCGUUGUCUGCACCCCUCAAAUACUCGUGGACGCACUCGACUCUGGCUUUGUCUCCCUCACAGACAUCUCCCUUAUUGUAGUUGAUGAAGCACACCACUGUUUCAAAAACAACCCCUUGAAUACCAUGAUGAGGAAUCACUACCAUACAUUCUCAGGGCCCAAGUGCCUGCUACCUGCGAUCCUUGGGCUUACCGCAAGCCCUGUCACGCGGAAAAGUGUCGAGGAAUUGCGCAAGCUUGAGGAGAAUCUUGCAGCAAAGUGUAUGACUCCAACAAAGCAGAUGGAUGAGUAUACAACAUUUGUCAAUGCCCCGAAGUUCCAAGUUGAAGCCUACGUGCAGAAACCAUGCGAUUUUCCGCCAAUCCUUGCUGCUCUUGAGUCUGUCGUCGACUCUCUUAAGAUUGACGACGACCCUUAUUUCGACAUGUUACGCUCACGAGAAGGGCUUGGCAGUCUGAAUAAACUGGAGAAGAUAAUCAAAAAAGGCAAGACUCCAGCAAUCGAAGAGGUGCAAUCAUUCCAUAGGUCCGCAGUUGAGGUCCAUAAGACUCUUGGGCCAUGGGCAGCCAGAGAGUACAUUACAGACUGCGUGAGAAAGGUCCAAACAGCAUCAUAUGAGGCUCUUCAGUCAAGCAAAAUCUCAGAAGAAAACACUUCGCAGUUCAUAUGCCGAGUUCUUGCGCCAUUGUAUGAAACAAUAUAUCAGGCUUACCCAGGUAUUGAUGAUGAUAACGACGUCUCAGAGAAAGCAAGAGCCUUGGUCAAGCUUCUGGCUGCUGAGUAUCACCCAAUGGCACGAGCUAUGAUAUUCACCAGAACAAGACCUUCAGCAUGGGCUCUCACGAAAAUUCUCCAAGCCCAUCCUCUUACUCGACAAUAUCGCGCCUUUUCAUUCGUGGGAUGCUCAAAUUCUUCGUAUCGCAGUCUUUUCAAUCUUGCAGAGCCUUUGGCCCAAAACCAGGGACUCGAAGAAUUUCGAUGCGGCGAACUCAAUCUUUGCAUCGCAACUUCGGUCAUGGAGGAGGGUAUUGAUGUCCCUGCAUUGAAUUUGGUCAUUUGCUUCGAUGAACCUUCCAACCAUCGAAGCUUUGUCCAGAGCAGAGGCAGAGCACGGCAGCAAGAAUCCAAGUUCAUAAUGUUCAGAGAUCUUGAAGAUGAGGCCGUUUCGAAACUUAGCAGAUGGAGAGUGCUAGAAGAGGAGAUGAAAGUCGCUUUUGCGGAGGAGGAGAAGGAGGACGAACAGCGCCGAGUUGAAGAAAGUCGGGAUGAAACUGGUGGGGAAGCGUUUCGUAUCCCAGUUACUGGUUCCACCCUGACUUAUGAAAACUCCCAACAACGUCUGCAACGAUUUUGUGGCAAGAUUUCUCGACACACCGAUCCUGCGAUGGCCAAUCCAGUGUAUAUCUUCAGCCGAGGCGUGAGUGAUGGUGUACGUGCUACGGUCCACCUCCCAAGCACUCUAGAUCCAGCCUUACGAGUCUUUCAGUCUAAUUCAGCAUGGAGAACCGAGCGAAUGGCAAGAAGAGAUGCAGCGUUUCAGGCGUACAAGUCUCUGUACAAUGCAGGUCUGGUUACAGACUACCUCAUUCCUCCAGACAUCCCACGAGAGGAUGCCCUCCAAGAAGAGGAUCCAAGUAUCGAGACACGAGAUGGAGUCUAUGCGGUUUCAGCACAGUAUGACCCGUGGACAUCAGUGAUGGAAAUGGUAAAUACAGAAGAGCCCCUGUAUUUUCAUGAGCUUCAGACAGCCUCGCCUGGCAACGAGUACCCCAUAAUGGCAUUACUUCUUCCAAGGAAGCUUGAGCGGUGCUCCUUCUCGCUAUUCGAAUCAGCGUCGCAACAUAUCAGUGUGGCCGUCAGCUCUGGCAGACCGUUUCCGCACAAAUUUCGUCAAAUAGCAAGACAGAUCAGCUUUUAUCUCCUAAGCACCAUUCUCGGCAGACGAAUGCGAGCAGUAGGUAUGAACGAUGUGCCACUGGUCAUAAUUCCAAAUAUCGCUCCGGAGAGGCUCCAAGAUUGGUACGACCAAUUUACCAGGAGCGCUCCAUUUGUGGAGUAUGUGUCAAACAGUGGCGGUCAUCCAGAAGAUCUCUUACUUAAGGUUGUUGGCACGAAUAUUCCCUACGUCCUCCAACAGCAUGCAAAUAUUGGAGCUACGGACGCAGAUGGUAUGGAUGUACAAGCCAUACGACUCUCUAGGCGACUCGACUACUUGUCCCCACAAAACUCCAAUGAACACCAGAAAGUUGCGGUCCCUGAGUCGUUCGUGCCGACUGAUUGUCAGGCCCUAAGCCUUUCUGCAGAGCAUGGCCGCUUCAUGUUGCUCAUACCUUCUAUGAGUCACAUGUUCGAAGUAUUUCUCCGUUCGACGGAAGCAUCUACUGGUCCGUUGUCAAUACUGCAACUCCAAAGUUUAGAUCUCCUCGCCGAAGCGCUGACCACACCCAACACGAACAAAAACAACUACCAACGCCUGGAAUUUCUGGGAGACUCGCUCUUGAAGUAUUACGCUUCUACACAAGUGUUUGUGGAUCAUCCCGACCGUCCUGAAGGCAUUUUGACGGUAUACUGUGGUCGUAUUGUCGCGAAUUCUCGCCUACAACGAGCUACUAGAGAAUUAGGCUUGGAUAGGUUCCUCACUCGAGUGAGAUUCAAUGGUGCGAACUGGACAGCAGGAGUACCUAAACAAGACGACUCGAAAGCUAAGGAGAAAACGCUAUCUUCCAAAGUGCUUGCCGACGUGAUAGAGGCGCUUAUUGGAGCAGCGUACCUCGAUGACACAGUGCAAGAACGCCGUGAAGUAAACGUAAUUUCUGCACUAAAACUGUUCAUUGACGAGAUAGACUGGAAGACACCUGCAGAAAACUUUGCAAGAUUGCCAGUGGCCAAGUCAAGCGGCGCUGUCGACAGAGAGAGAUUGCAGCCCGUUGAGAGAUUGACCGGCUAUAAUUUCAAGCAACCUCAGUUGCUCGCGGUGGCUCUCACUCACUCGAGCUACAAUCCUUCGAUUUCUUCAUACGAUCGACUUGAAUUCCUCGGAGACGCAGUGCUUGAUCAUAUUGUCAAGAUCAAACUAUACCACAACAAAGAAUUGCUGGAACCGGAUGAGAUGACCUUACGACGUCAUGCGCUCGUCAGCCACGCUACAUUGGCGUUCUUCGCGCUACAGGCUUUUCACGUGUCGACAACAACUGACAUCGAUGUGGAUCUUGCUACCAGAAAGCAUACAAAGAUGGAAGUCCACCGUAAAGUCUACCUGGCGGACUAUAUUCGGCAGGUUGACAGUCGGGAUCUCAGCAAAGCUCGAACGAAAAUGCUCUCCACGUGGGACGAGAUCCACCACAGCAUUACAGAAGCAUUCGAGCAUGGUCAGAGAUUUCCGUGGGAGGAGUUGCUAAGACUAGACGCCCCAAAGUCAUACUCGGACAUCAUUGAGUCAAUUCUCGGUGCCGUAUUCAUUGAUUCUGGGGCAGAUCUUGAGGCUUGCGAGCAGGUGCUAGAGACGAUCGGAUACAUGAAACUGGUCAACCGAAUCACGAGUGCACGGACAGGAGACAUCCACACAGUACAUCCUGAACAAGAGUUGUUCAUUUUGGCACCAAAGUACAAGACACAGGCUAAAAAGACGGCACGUUCCGGCUGGAAGUGCAGAGUGUUGAUUGAUGGCGAGCACAUUGCCCAUGCCGUUCGUGCGAGUUGCAAGGCCGAAGCCCAGUGCAAAGCUGCAAGACGCGCAGUGAAAGUCUUGAUGUCGAACAAGAAGAGGAAGAUAGAGGUUUUGGAUACUCCAAAGCGGGUUGUCGAUGGUUUGGAUCCUCAGGAAUGA